UCAAGUCUCCCAGUGAGUGGGAAUGUUCAACAGAUAAUAAUUGAUUCCAAUUUUCCUUUCACAUACAUCUUUAAAAUGAUACUUCGAUCCAUUUCCAGUAUUCUAACAAGUAAUUUUUGUUUGAAAAAAAUCCAAAUUCUCUGCAAUUAAUCUAUAGAGAUGUUUCCAUUUCUUUGGAUUGUUCUUCUUCUCAACUUUUUGAUAAGAGGAGAAUUCCUUUUUUGUGCACAAGCUCAGCUUGUGGACUGCCAUACUUCUGACAGAGAAGCUCUUCUUGAUUUUAUAAAGGGUCUUGAAAAUUCUGAGAAACAACUCUCUUCAUGGAAAGGAAGCAACUGCUGUCAAUGGUUUGGAAUAGCUUGUGACAAUAUCACUGGAGCUGUAACCAAAGUUGAUCUCCACAGCACGUCAGGUUUGUUGAACUUGAGCGGAGAGAUUAGAUCUUCACUCACAAAACUCAAGUCCUUGACAUAUCUGGACUUGAGUUCUAACUCAUUCACUGGCACAAUUCCUGAUUUCUUACCCUUCCUGGAGAACUUGCAAUAUCUAAACCUAUCAUAUGCUGGGUUUAGUGGUGCAAUUCCUCCAAAUCUUGGAAACCUCUCUAGCUUGAAGUUUCUUGAUGUCUCUUCUCCUAGUUUAAAUGUUGAUAAUCUUGAAUGGAUGAGUGGUCUUCUCUCAUUAAAAUAUUUGGCCAUGGAUGGUGUAGAUCUUUCAAAGGCAGGAGUAGGAUGGGUUGAUGCAUUAAACAAGCUUCCAUUCUUGACUGAGUUGCAUUUAUCUUCAUGUCAUUUAUCCAGUCUCAACUAUUCUCUUCCUUUGGUCAAUUUUAGUUCACUUGCUGUCCUAAACCUUAGUAACAACUACAUCAAAUCCAAGUUUCCAAAUUGGCUGGUGAAUAUCAGUAGCCUUGUUUCAGUUGAUAUCAGCUAUAACAGGCUACGUGGAAGGAUUCCACUCGGUUUUAGUGAACUGCCAAAUUUGCAAUCAUUGGAUCUUGGUUAUAAUCAAGAUCUCUCUGCAAGUUGCUUCCAACUGUUGAGAAGAAGGUGGGGAAAAAUACAAGUUCUUGAUCUAUCUAUGACCAAAUUACAUGGAAGAAUUCCUGCUGCCCUUGGAAAUAUAACUUCUCUUAUUUAUCUUGAUUUAUCAAAAAAUGAUGUUCGGAGUAGUAUUCCAAGCUCCAUUGGUAGGCUUUCUAACUUACAAUUUAUUGAUUUGUCCUGUAAUAAUCUGACAGGAGGUUUACCAGAAUUUCUUGAAGAAGAAACAGCAAACUGCCCUUCCAAAAGUCCUUUGCCUAAUUUGAAGAACUUCAAAUCCAGUUACAGCAAUUUAACUGGUAAGUUGCCAAAUUGGAUAGGCAAUCUUAAAAAUCUAGUUGUCCUCGAUUUGAGUUAUAACUUGCUUCAAGGUCCCAUCCCCCGUUCUUUCGAAAAUUUGCGGCAGUUGUCUGAACUCAGACUUGGAUCAAAUAAGCUAAAUGGUAGUCUCCCAAAAGGCUUGGGAAAGCUCUCUGCAUUGACUCAUCUUGAUGUUUCCAUUAAUCAACUGGCCGGUGUUAUCACAGAAGCACAUUUUUCAGGCCUAAGUAAAUUGAAGCAAUUGAUUCUUUUGAGAAACUCCUUCAUCUUGAAAGUCAAUUCCAGUUGGAUCCCUCCAUUUCAGCUCUGUACCUUGGUUAUGGGUUCAUGCAAUCUAGGUCCAUCCUUCCCUGCUUGGAUCAGAUCUCAAAAAGAGAUUGUCAUUCUAGAUUUCUCAAAUGCUAGUAUUUCAGGUUCCAUUCCAAACUGGUUUUGGGACAUGUCAAGCACUCUAAGUUAUUUGAAUGUUUCUUUGAAUCACUUGAAGGGUCAUUUACCAAAUCCAUUAAAUAUAUCUCCCUCUGCAACCAGUGUUGAUUUGAGCUCCAACCUCUUUCAAGGGUCCAUUCCUCUUCCUCUUCCUCUUCCAAAUGUCUCAAUCCAAGUGCUUGAUCUUUCCAAUAAUCAAUUCUCUGGUUCUAUCCCAAACAAGAUUGGUAAAAUCCUUUCACAUUUGCAAUUCCUCUCUCUUUCCAAUAACCAGCUGGCUGGUCAUGUCCCAGCCUCUAUUGGAGAGAUAUCGACUCUUCAAAUCCUUGAUCUUUCAAGGAAUGGUUUGAUAGGAAGCAUUCCUUUGAAUAUCGGGAAUUGUUCUAACCUCACUGUUCUAGACCUUCAAAAUAAUAAUUUGUCUGGUGAGAUUUCAAAAUCCUUGGGUUGGCUUCAUUGGCUUCAAAUACUUCACCUCAGCAAUAACAGAUUCUCAGGAGAAAUCCCAUCAUCUCUCCAGGAAUUGAAGGAAUUAGAAACUCUAGACCUUGGAAACAACAGUUUGACAGGAAAUAUUCCGUCAUGGAUAGGAGGAGCUUUUCCACGUCUCAGAAUACUUAGCCUGAGGUCAAAUUCCUUUUCAGGAGAAAUUCCCUCUAGACAUUCGAAUUUGAGUUCUCUACAAGUUCUGGAUCUAGCAGGAAACAAGUUGAAUGGCAGAAUUCCUUCUAGCUUUGGUGAUUUUAAAGCCAUGGCUCAACAACAUGUAAACCAUUAUUUGACAUAUGGAGACCCUGACAGACGCUACUACCAAGAAAACAUAGUUGUGAGCAUAAAUGGGCAAACUCAAAAAUAUUCCAAGACUCUUUCACUCCUGACUACCAUAGAUCUUUCUGGAAAUAAUCUACAUGGUGAGCUUCCUGAAGAACUAACAAACCUGGUUGGUCUUCUAGUUUUGAACCUGUCAAGAAACAACAUCAGUGGCCAGAUUCCACACAGCAUUUCAGAAAUGCAUCAGUUGUUAUCUCUUGAUCUGUCAGGCAAUAAUCUUUCAGGUCCAAUUCCUUCAAGCCUCUCUUCAUUGACUUUUCUGGAAUAUUUGAACUUGUCCAACAACAACUUAUGUGGUGCAAUCCCAUAUACAAAUCAGAUGUCAACUUUUAAUGAAUCCUCCUUUGAUGGGAACCCAUGUCUAUGUGGAAAUCCCCUUGUUGUGAAGUGCUCGCUUAACAAUAAUAAUUCUGACAAUGGAGGGACCAGUAACCAUUCAGACUAUAAUGGGUUGAUUGAUAACUGGUUUUACUUGAGCAUUGGGUUGGGAUAUGCAGCAGGUUUACUGCUUCCAUAUUUGUUAUUUGCAGUGAGAAGAUCUUGGGGUGGUGUAUACUUUGCUGUUGUGGAUAGGAUCGUAAACAGAUUGUCAAAUGCACCUGCUCUUGUGGAUAGGAUUGUACACAGAUUGUCAAGUGCAUCAAGCAGAAUAGCAACAAGAACAAGAACUCAGUGCAGUUGCUGAGUUCUCUUUCCUCUUCCAGGUUCUUGUAAAAAAUUUUGCCACUGCUGUCAGUUUAAAGUUGUUUGAAGUUAAAAAUUCACUUGUUUUCACAUAAAUGGCUUGUAAAGAUAUAUAAAAUGAGACAUGGGUUAACUUCUGCAUUCCCAUCAAUCUUUCAGAGUACAGUCUUGACAUAAAAAAAGGGUCUCAAAGAUUCUGAGAAUUAACCUGCUUCCUUCAUGGCAAGGAAGCAGGCACCUACAGAGGAGAAAAGUUCAAUUUAAUAUGCAUAAGGUUAUGAGAUGAUUGUAGUUCUUGAGUUUGUUCUUUCCAGGUUGAUUUCUGAGUAGAAACUGUUUCAAAUUGUUGCUCUAACAUUACCUCCGAUAUAAAACUGUUUCAAAUUGUUGCUCAAA